UUUUUAAAUUGAUUAUUUUAAACAGAAGAAUGAUGGACCAAUAUGGGUUAGGCACUACAUUAUACAUGGACACCAUGCCUGGACCUGGAUCGUAUGACAUAGACCAUACCUCUAUUGAGAAGAGAUUGAAGACAUCCCAUUCAGCAGAAAGAGCUAAGAAUAGUGCACUACGCACGUCUCAGAAUAAGACCCGAAAUCAUAACAUCAAAAACACUGAAAUUCAGAAUAAAACUGUUGGGCCAGGGGAUUACUAUAAAGAACUUGACUGGGCUAAAGACAAGAAAAUGAGACCCAGGACCAAGCAUUAUUCUCCAGUCAAGAGGAAGAAGAAGACAGUCUCUUCUAUUCCUAUUAAGAAGAACAAGCAGCAGAAGUAUACUGGAUGUGGGGAGGAUCGACCAGGACCUGGCUGAUAUUACCCCCAGAUCUCAAGUCUCAAGCAUGCUAAUUAUUCUCACUUUGGCAAGUCAAAAGCUGGCCUUCAAAAACAUGAGCAGAAAGAGCAAGAUAUUGGCCCUGGGAAGUAUAAUACCAUCUUGAAAUCAAAGAAGAAUUUCCAUGUCACAGGGGGAUCUUCCAUGUUCUUGUCUAGGGUACAAAGAAUUCCCUCCCAGAAGGCAAAGAAAAGAGGUAAAAGAAAAGAAAUAAAGCAAAUUUCUCAAUUUGAUACACAUAAAAACUCGAUAAAGGAAUUCGAUGACUUGGACGAGCAAUUUCGGAAAUAACUACCUGAACAAAGAUCUCGGGUUCAUGACUGGUACAAAAAGGGAAGGGCAAUGGCUAAAUUCUGUUCAAAAUCCUUUUACUAAACAAUAUGAGAAGUUAGAGCCUAGCCUGGAAGCUCUAAAUAUAAUGAAGAAGAAGAAAGUUGAUAAAAUUAGACGCAAGAUUUUAAGUAAAAAGAGAAAGGCACUUAACCCUCCCUUUAAUGUGUGCGAAAAUAGGAGCUUUGAGUACUUGGGCAAGACUUUAGGACCAGGUCCAGGGACUUAUAUAAACGUUAAUGAUCCUAAAUUCUCAUCUGUUCUUCACAAACACACUACUUAUGGUAAUCCUAAUAUUGAGCUGAUGAAGGCUAAUUCAGGGAGCAAUAACUUCGGCUCAAGUAUUGACAGGUUUAACAAUCCUGAUUAUAAGAAGAAUAUUGAGACACCUGGACCAGGUGCUUAUACAAAGCCAAUUACAAGGAAUGACAAUAGCAACGAUGUUAUCCUCAAUCAGACUGUUCAAGAAGAGAAAAGGGAGCAAUUUAAUUUUAAAUCAAAGACAAACAGGUUUACUGUUGAAGGAAGGGAGAGCAACUCUUUGAAUAGGUCAAGAAAUAAGGAUAAAAAUCUGCCUUUGAAAUCCAUUACAAUCAACACGCAGCAGUCAAAUCCCAGAUUCUUUAUGCCAUUGGCAACAGAUACAAGCUAUUUCAAGGAUUACAAGUCCAGUGAGGAGUUGGAGAAGGUUCCGUUUGGGUCUAACACCCUUCGGUUUAUGUUUAAGCAGCUCUUUUAUGGCCAUGAACUCCAGGACACGCCUGGGCCUGGCUACUAUGCUGAUUAAGUUG